AUGGAGGAACCAUUCCUGUAUUCGCUGAAACUAAUAUUGGGUGAGCGUUGCACGGAUAAUAUGCAUUCAAUCUACAAAACAGUGAUAACAAUAAUACUAUCAGAAAUGGAAAAAGGCUGCGAAAGUGAAAUGAGAGGGAUGCAAAAAGUGGAAGAUUAA